AUGGCUUCUCCCAAAAAUAUGAAUAUCUUCAGGGAAAUGACUGCUCAGACAUUCAUGACAGCCUUGUUCUCUUCUCUCGGUGGUAUUGGUUUUGGCAUUGAUUAUGGCUACUGGUCUGGAAUGCUAGAUAUAGCCCAAUUUCUCAAAGACUUCGGCGUCUAUGACGGCAAGACAGACUCCUACUACCUCCCCUCGAGCUGGCAAUCCGCAGGCAGUGGCCCCCCCGUUGCUGGUCUCGCAAUUGGUGCUUUGAUUUCCGGCCUAGUUGGCAAACACCUUGGUCGCAUCAAGACUUUUCGCUUUGCCUCGAUAAUCUCUGCCGUGGGGGUCAUUAUCCAAUCUACUGCCAUACAUUCUUACUGGCAGAUUAUGGUCGGGCGUCUCAUCAAUACAUUGGCACUCGGAAUCCUCGCAAAUGCAAUUCCUGCCUACUUAGCUGAGAUUUCACCACUCUCUAUCCGGGGAACAUUGAUCAAUUGCUACCAAUUCUCUGUCUCUGUUGGGGCUAUCCUCGUCACGGCCAUGAAUUGGGGCAUGUACCAAAGACCAGACCAGUGGGCAUACCGCUUGGUCUUCAUUAUUCAAAUAUUUGUUCCACUGACGUAUAUAAGUGGAUCUUUCUUUAUUCCAGAAAGUCCUCGCUGGUUGGUGGGACAAGGACGGUAUGCAGAGGCAAAAAUGGAGUUAGAGGUUUUACGCAAAACGACCUCGGAUGAACUUCUUGGGCGAGAGAUCGAAUUGAUUAUUGCUGCCGAGGAGGAGAACAAAGCUCAGUUCGGCAGUUCUUGGUCAGAAUGUUUCCGAGGAACCAACCUGCGACGAACCCUGAUUGCAACUGGCGUGCAGUGCUUGCAACAGGCGCAGGGAUCUUCAUUUAUGGGUACCUAUUCGGUCUUGUUUAUGAAGUCCAUCGGCGUUGACGACGUUUACAAAAUUUCAAUCCUGACAUCAUUAGUAAUGACGGUUGCGUCUGGAUGUGGCUUUUAUGUUCCAGAUAGAUUUGGUCGGCGCUGGGUCUUGAUUGGUGCAGCCCUUGUUCUCGGAAUAAGCAUGUUUACUAUGUCUGGAGUCAAAGACGCUGGCUUGGCAGGAAACAAAACGGCUAGGAAUACAGCCUUAGCCUUUGUUUUCAUUUGGCAAUUCGCUAUGUCAAUUGGUUGGAGCAGCUGUGUGUGGAUCAUCACAGCCGAAGUCCCAACCCUUCAGUUACGUGAGAAGACCAUGACCAUUGCUUGCUUUAUUGGGUUCUGUGUAUCAGUUCUCGUAACCUUCGUCAGUCCAUUUAUUCAAGAUCCCGGGUAUGGCAACCUAGGAGGAAAGAUUGGUUACCUUUACGGUUCUUUUUCGUUUGCUGCGGCACUCUGGACCUUCCUUUUCUGUCCUGAAACAGGGUUCCGCAGCCUAGAAGAAGUUGACGAGCUGUUUAAGAACCGCGUGUCGGUAUGGGACUUCCAUAAGUAUCGGACAACUGGCUUUGGGGCCGAGAUAGCCGAAGUUGAGCACGCUUCUCAACCCAAAGAGGCUUUGCUGGACAAACCGGAUGUUGAAAAGUGA